AGAAGCCGCUUGCAACUUUGCACAGUGACAUGAUGCAAUAGCGCAAGAGAAUAUUUGCUCCAUAUCUGGUAGAUUCAGCGAUCGCUCGCAAUUUUCCGUUAGCUUCGCUACCCAUACGAUUUAGAGCUCUUGGUGCUUGUAUUCUGAGCUGAAAUUUGCCGAGAAAAAUAUCAACAAACAUCAUGGACACCCAGCAGAGAGUAACUGAAAAGCUGAAGACGCUGAUGGGGCUGAUCAGCGCGAAGUGGGGGUGUGUGGUGACGCUGGCCGCCGCCUUCAUCUUCCUAACCUGCUUCGGGACGCUGUACUCCUUCGGCAUCUUGCUAAUCGAGCUUCAAGAGGAAUUCGGCAGCGGUGCCUCCGAGACAUCCUGGAUCGGCUCCAUCGCCAUCGGCCUGCACGCCCUGGGGACGUUCGUGUCGAGCGCCCUCGUGCGGCGCUUCGACAACCGCCCCGUGGCCGUCGCCGGCAUCUUCCUGUGCUUCGGCAGCGUCAUCGUGACGUCACUCAUGCCCCUCCUGGAGGUCCUGUACUUCACCUUCGGGGUCGUCUACGGAGUGGGCAUCAACUUCAUCGUCAUCUCUUCCAUCAACCUCAUUCUCCGGUACUUCCCGACUAAGAACUGCUCGCGAGCAACUGGGGUCGCCCUCACAGGCUCGACAGUAGGUAUGCUGAUCAUGAACCAAGUGGUGCACCACUUGAUCAUCGCCUGGGGUUGGCGCAACAUGCUCCGCGUGGUGGGCGGGAUUCUUCUGAUUGUCUGCGUGCCCUGCGUCAGCACCUACUCACAGCCGUCCUCCAAGAACCUCGUGCUUGCCGACUCGGUAGCUCCCCCGGAAGAUGAGGAGGGAGAAAGCACGGAGAAGGCAGACCAGGAGAAAACGAUCGUUGAUGAGGAGAAGCAGAGAUUGAAGGAGAAAGAAGCCGAGGCGGUUGGGGAGGAGGAUGGCGUCGCAAAGACCGGGAGGUGCGAGCGGCUCCGUAACAUCGCCUACCCCGAGCUUUGGUUUCUGUCUAUCGGCAUCAUGGGAUGCUGCAUGACACUGACGUUCUACUACGUCAGCAUGGUCAGCUUCAUGACAACUAAAGGAUUCGACAGAUCGGAAUGCAGCCUUUUUAUGAUGGUGCUGGCCGUAUCAGAGGUCGUGGGCAAGGUCAUCAUCUCGGCCGUGGCCGACAGCCUGCCUUUCCCUAAGAUCUACCUGUUUGUCAUGGCUAGUCUCCUCGGCGUCGUCGUCAUGGUCGUGCUCCUGUUUGCCACAACGCUUGGAAUGAUGCUCGGGCUUGCAGUCGUUGCCGGUCUGCUCGUCAUGGCAGUCUUUGACACCUUGCCUUACUCCAUUUGCGUCGAGAUCUUCGGCUCCGCUAGAGGGCUGGACACCAGUUCGGUUGUCAUCAUCAUGAACGGCGUGGGGCUCAUCCUGGGCUCGCUGCUCGGUAUGAGCGUGGACCACACGGGUAACUACGACUCCGCCAUCUUGGCCAGCAUAGGCAUUUACUGCCUGUCCGUUCUGCUCUAUCUCGCCGUACCGGUCUACCAGCGACUCUUCGCCAAAGACCGGUACGUCAUGGUCCGCAACCGGCGCAAGGCGCUGCUGCUCGUGGCCGACGGUCCCGAGCGAACCUUCGCCCCUUCGCCUCUACCUUCACCCGAGUACAUCUACUUGGACAUUGUCAGUGUCGUAUGACACGCCACGGGAAAAAAAGACCAAAUUAAAUUGAAGGGAUAUACUUAAACAUUGCCAGUUUUAUAUAUUUUGAAAGAAUUUUAUAUACAUGUGUAUAUAUAGAAUGUGGGAUAAAGGAAGUGUUUAUUAAUAAUUGGUGUUCAAUCGGUGAAAUGGUGUGCGUGGUGGUGUGAGAUUUGGAGAAACUGUGCCAAUAAAAGUUUGUGAACACGUGGAAAUGGGGUGAGAGUUAAACCAAAACAAAUCAGAUAGAGCCACCCUACAAAAAACCCCACUAAAUUCGAAUUCGCCGUACCCAAAAUAACACUCAGUUUCUAACCAAAAUAACGACAAGAGGACUUGAAAUAAAUGACAAAAUGGGGCACACUGAGGCAAAAUGUAAUGGAAAAUGGAAUAAGCUACUUAAGACCAUUUUUUAAACUACAGCUCAUUACGAUUUUACCGUUGCUGUAACACCGAAGGAUAUUAGUUUUUGGGUAAGUUUUACCUCUGUACAACUCAACAUAGAAAAGAGUGAUAUGCCGAGAAGGGGAUGUUAAAUCACACAGAGUUAAAACUUAAGUUCUACGAUGGUAUUAUGUCUAUUGCGUGUACGUCUUAUGAGUUUUAAUUCUGGGUGGUAUUAAAAGGGGCGGGGCUAAAGACAAAAAAAUGAGCUGACGUAAUAGGCCUAUGUCUUUAAUGUACAGUUUUGAAAGAUAAAACCUGUGAAGUUUUUGGAUAUUUCUUAAUGGAAUGCCCCCAAAAUAAAUUAUUUGCAGCUGCAAGAAUAAUAUUUAUGAUUAUAUUUAUCGUUCGAGUUUAAAAUGUUUUGACAUAAUUUUCAAUUCUGAAAGAGUUCUUCAGUUUUGAGAAGUUAUCGACAAGUUGUGCCAGAUGCGCAGUACAGGCGUGUGGUUCUAGGUGAUUUAUCUACUUUUGUAUUUCACAUGAGUUAAUGUUUUAGCAGAUAACAUUUUUCAUUACAAGUGUUUGGGGCUGAUAUAGUAUUGUGUUAAUGUUAAACUUAAAAACAAAUAUCACCUUAGUGCGUAAAACUUGGAAAAAAUGUUAAAUACAACAUAGGCAUUCAAGUAAACCACUAGCUACGAAGCUUAUUUUCAAAAUCAGUCCAAAAUUUGUUUACAUUAAAUAAGGACUGUAACCCUAAUUCAAUUUGUUUUUGAGGUAAAAUUUAACAAUGCAGGGGCGGAUCAAGGAUUUUUUUGCAGGGGGGGGGGUCAGGCCCGUCAGAUUUUUUUUAUGUUCGAUUGUUGCGGACAGGCGGACAUAUAGGUCAUUAUUAUUACAAUAAUGUCUUAAUUUUCGUUUCGUUUUUGGUGUCGGAGCAGGGGGGAGGGGGUUCGACGACUGGAUCCGCCCCUGCAAUGUAAAACCGAGUUCCACAUAACAUACCACAGGCAAAAACGGAAACAGAAUGCAAAGUUUGUAUUAUAUAUUUAUUUUUCGCUAAAAAUGCAUUCUUCAGACGCCAAUUCUCCAUGCUGUUCUAAGUAUAUGCAAACCGUUGUUCUCUUGCAUCCGAUUCGAAGGUACAUGUAUGUUCAACUGAUCUUAUUGUAUUAAAAUGCCAUGGGGUAUUUUGUGUGGUGCUCGACGAAAGUAUUGAUGUAUUAAGUUGAUGUUGCAUCAACAUGAAUGUUUGUAAAUAAAAGAAGAUAUUUAUUUAAAUUUA